CCAUCUUCUCGAAUGCUUUGCAGGUGAAAGUGGUUGCUGUUGAUGCAGCGAUGAACGUCUUCUAUGAGGACAGUGUGCAUUUUGACAGAGACCUUCCAGAAUUUGGGACUCAGGGUGGAGUUCAUGUUCACCAAGAUGGUCUGACAGUGACUUCUCCAGUCCUGAUGUGGGUCCAGGCUUUGGAUAUCCUCCUGGAGAAGAUGAGGGCUUCGGGCUUCGACUUUUCUCGAGUCCUCGCCUUGUCUGGGGCAGGCCAGCAACAUGGAAGUAUAUACUGGAAAGCUGGGGCCAGUCGGGUGCUGACAAGCCUGUCACCAGACCUCCCGUUACACGAGCAGCUGCAGGCCUGUUUCUCCAUCCGCGACUGCCCGGUGUGGAUGGACUCCAGCACCACAGCCCAGUGCCGCCAGCUGGAGGCCGCCGUGGGCGGGGCCCAGGCUCUCAGCUGCCUCACCGGCUCCCGUGCCUACGAGCGAUUUACAGGAAACCAGAUUGCAAAGAUUCACCAGCAGAACCCCGAGGCCUACUCACACACGGAGAGAAUUUCCUUGGUCAGCAGUUUUGCCGCUUCCCUGUUCCUGGGGUCCUACUGCCCUAUUGACUACAGUGACGGUUCUGGAAUGAACUUGUUGCAGAUCCAGGACAAAGUCUGGGCCCAGGCGUGCCUUGGUGCCUGUGCACCCCAUUUAGAGGAGAAGCUGGGCCCCCCGGUACCGUCAUGCUCAGUUGUGGGGCCCGUUUCCUCCUACUACGUCCAGCGCUACGGGUUUCCGCCGGGAUGCAAAGUGGUGGCCUUCACUGGGGACAACCCAGCAUCGCUGGCAGGCAUGAGGCUGGAGGAAGGUGACAUUGCGAUCAGCCUGGGCACCAGCGACACCCUGUUCCUCUGGCUCCAGGAGCCCACGCCUGCCCUGGAGGGCCACAUCUUCUGCAGCCCGGUCGACCCCCGGCACUACAUGGCGCUGCUCUGCUUUAAGAAUGGCUCGCUCAUGAGAGAGAAGAUCCGCGACGAGUCGGCUUCUGGUUCCUGGAGCGAGUUCUCAAAGGCGCUGCAGUCCACGGAGAUGGGGAAUGGCGGAAGCUUGGGUUUUUAUUUUGACGUCAAGGAGAUCACCCCUGAAAUGAUCGGGCGUCAUAGGUUUAGCCCAGAAAACCGUGAGGUCCCAGCGUUCCCUGCGGAUGUGGAGAUCCGAGCACUGAUUGAAGGACAGUUCAUGGCCAAGAGGAUUCAUGCGGAGGGCCUGGGCUAUCGAGUCCUGCCCAAGACAAAGAUUUUGGCCACUGGAGGGGCAUCUCAUAACAGAGACAUGCUACAAGUGCUUGCGGAUGUGUUUGGCGCCCCGGUAUAUGUCAUAGACACCGCCAACUCAGCCUGCGUGGGCUCCGCUUACCGAGCUUUCCACGGCCUUGCAGCUGGGACAGGUGUGCCCUUCUCGGAGGUUGUGAAGUUCGCCCCAAGCCCCAGAUUAGCUGCUACCCCGAGCCCAGGAGCUGCUCAGGUCUACGCUGCCCUCCUGCCAAGGUACGCCCAGCUCGAGCAGAGAAUCCUGUCCCAGCCCCAGGGGCUUCCGGAGUGAGUCCUGCAGGUCCGGGCGCCUGUGGACCCUGCCGGCUCCGACUCGCUGACCCCACUGGGAGACGUGGCCCUGGACAGCAGGGACCCUCUUCCCUGUUCUGGGUGCCUGGCCCCUGGCCCCUGAUGGGCUCCAGCCCUGUCCCGGGCCACCUGGAAGCCUGUCUCGCACACCUUCCUGACAUCAGCGGGCUGCUUGUGUCCCUGUGUGCUGUGCUCAGGGCAGGAGAGCAUCUCUUCCCUGUCUUCAUUUCAGGAGGCAGGAUAACACGGAGCCUGGGGUAUCUCCAAUAAAGACUAACAUUUUCCUUUCUUUUUUA